AUGAAAGGGGUGGCUGUGCUACCAGUCCUGCUAGCCAGCCUGGUGCUGGCAGCUGCCACCGGAGAAGCAGAUGCCUCGACGGGGAAAGGGACCCUCAACUGGGAUCUGAAAGAGUUGGCGCCCAAAGAACGCUUUGCCAUCCUGGCCCAUCACAACCGUCUCAGGAGCAAAGUUCAGCCCCCUGCGGCUAACAUGCAGAAAAUGGAAUGGAGUGAGAAGCUCGCCCGACUGGCACAGCUGAGGGCAGGGAGCUGCCACAGGAAGCACCAGGACCAGAGGGCUCAGAGGGAAGAGGAGGAGGAGAUUGGCUGGAAUUAUCACUCCUCGCCGGACGGGACAAUGUCUGUCACUGACGUCAUUGACGUGUGGUUCCGGGAGGCUCAGAACUAUCACUACCACACGGGUCAGUGCAAAUACAACGCUUCCUGCCACCAUUAUACUCAGCUUGUCUGGGCUACCUCCAGCAAGGUCGGAUGUGGGAAACACACUUGUUUUCAGAAUGGAGAGUGGAUGGAGGUUGUUAUCUGUGCCUAUUACCCAGGGGGAAACUGGGAAAUCAAUGGAAGAACAAUCAUCCCUUAUAAAGAAGGGGUUUCAUGCUCUCUCUGUACCUCCCGCAUGUCUGGCUGCUUUAAAUCCUGGGAUCACCAUGGCGGACUGUGCGAGGUCCCCAGGAACCCAUGUCGGAUGAGCUGCAGCAACAGAGGCCAGCUGAACAUGAGCUUGUGUCGAUGUGAGUGUUUACCAGGAUUUACUGGGAGAUACUGCCAAGUCAGGUGCAGUAUGCAGUGCAUUCACGGAAAGUACAGACCAGAAGAAUGCUCCUGCAUGUGUGAUGUGGGAUUUGGUGGUGCUGUCUGUGGGGAAAAGAUGGAGUUUCCGUUCCAUAUUUGUGAUAUCCGGAUCGAUGGGGAUUGCUUCAUGGUCUCUCCAGAAGCAGACACAUAUUAUGGAGCCAAGAACAAAUGUCAGGAUCGAGGUGGGAUUUUAGCACAAGUCAAAAACCAAAAGGUACAAGAUAUUCUGGCCUUUUAUCUCAGUCAGUUAGAGAAUACAAAUGAGGUUACCGACCCAGACUUCGAAACACGCAACUUCUGGAUUGGCUUGACAUAUAAAACAUUGAGGAAUUCAUUCCGUUGGGACUCUGGAGAACUUCCCACUUUUUACAGUUUCGCUUUUGGACAGCCAGAUAAUCAGGGUUUUGGAAAUUGUGUUGAAUUGCAACUCUCGAGUGCUUUUAAUUGGAACGACCAGCGCUGCAAGACUCGCAACAGAUACAUCUGUCAGUUUAGUGAGGAGCAUGUCGCACGGUGGAGAAGUUAA